AUGGCCAACGACGAAUAUGACUUCCUCUUCAAAGUCGUCCUCAUCGGAGACUCAGGUGUCGGUAAAUCCAACCUGCUGAGCAGGUUCACCCGCAACGAGUUCAACCUCGACUCCAAGUCGACCAUCGGCGUCGAGUUCGCUACCCGCUCCAUCCAGGUCGACGCCAAGACCAUCAAGGCACAGAUCUGGGACACGGCCGGCCAGGAACGAUACCGCGCCAUCACAUCGGCCUACUACCGCGGCGCUGUGGGCGCGCUGCUCGUCUACGACAUCAGCAAGCACCAGACCUACGAGAACGUCACAAGGUGGCUGAAGGAGCUGCGCGACCACGCCGACUCCAACAUUGUCAUCAUGCUCGUCGGAAACAAGAGCGAUUUGAGGCAUCUGCGGGCAGUGCCCACCGAGGAGGCCAAGCAGUUUGCGAGCGAGAACAACCUGUCUUUCAUCGAGACGUCUGCCUUGGACGCCAGCAACGUCGAGCUUGCUUUCCAGAACAUCCUCACAGAAAUCUACCGCAUCGUCUCUAGCAAGGCCCUCGACCAGGGAGAAGGCAGCCAAAAUGUGCUCGGCGGCGAGCGCAAGGUGCUCGAGAUCAGCAAGUCGCCCGAUGCAGACGCGAAGAAGGGAUGCUGCUAG